CAAUGGAUCCGUCCGCGCCCUUCUUUCCCGUUCCCUCCUCCUGCUCCCCCGCGCCCCAAGAAUCCGACCGGGCUUUCCUCACGGCGUCGGCGACCGCGACGCGCAAGCGCCCGGCGCCCGACGGCACGGACACGGCCGGCGGCGGUGCCGGUAAGAACAAGCACAAGCAGGCUCGGAUCACGCUGGGGAGCAUCGGCGACUACGAGACGCAGGAGGCGAUCGGGGCGGGCAGCUUCGGCGUGGUGGUCAAGGCGCGGCACCGCGGCACGGGCGAGGCGGUGGCCAUCAAGUGUGCCCGCAAGGCGGCGGCGCCGCCCAAUAGCAGCAGCAACAACAGCAACAACCUCCGCCGCAUCCUCCGCGAGGCCGGCUGCAUGGCGGCGUGCCGCGGCCACCCGUCGGUCGUGGGCAUCCGCGACGUGGUCGUGGACGCCGCCACCGGGACCGCGUUCCUCGUCAUGGAGCUCGUCGCCGGCGGCAGCCUGCUGCGCCUGCAGAGGACGCGGUCCCCGGCGCGGUUCUCGGAGGGCGAGACCCGCGCGUUCAUGCGGCAGCUCCUGCGCGGCGCGGAACGGAUGCACGGCGCCGGGAUCAUCCACCGCGACAUCAAGCCCGGCAACAUCCUCGUGAGCGCCGGCACCGGCGCGCUCAAGAUCUGCGACCUGGGGCUCGCCACGCCCACGCCGGCGAGGCCGGCCGAGGGGACGGCGGCGUACCCGGAGCGCCGCGUGGGCACGCUGCUUUACCGGUCGCCGGAGCAGCUGGCGGGCCGCCGGGACUACGGCCCCGGCGUCGACGUCUGGGCGCUCGGGUGCGUCAUGGCCGAGCUCCUCACGGGCAGGCUCAUGUUCGACGAGGAGACGGAGGACGGCAUGGUCGCCAGGGUGACGGAACUGGGCCGCGCGCUCGCCGACAGGAGGCUGCAGGCGUUCGACGACUGGCCGACGUUCCAUGGAGGGCCGCAUCUGUCGCGGGGCGCGCGCGAGGUCCUCGCCGGCCUGCUCGCCGUACAGCCACGAGACAGGCUCACCGCCGCGGCCGCGCUCCAGCAUCCGUGGUUCGCUGAGGAAGAAGAGAAGGAGAAGGAGGAGGAGGAGCUUCUUGUGGCCACCUGCCGCAGCGCAGGCAGAGCAGCUCGGAGUAGCACUGCUAGUGUAGUGACCGUCGUGGUCUGAACCUUUUGAGCAUUGAUGAUUUUUUUUUAUUGUUGUGUAGUCUUAUUCUUUUGUACACUAUUGGUAUUUGUGAUCUUGGUUAUGUUAAUUACAAGUUGGCUUGAAGCAUGAAGAUCAAACAAUGCACAUGUUGCUUCGUUGUGA